AUGUCUUCGCUAAAGACACUGCGGCCAGCUUCGCAAUCGCUAAAGGCUCAAUGCAGCACAGCUAGAAGAGGCGUCGCAACCAUCGCUAACUUCAAGAUACCUACGAUCAACAAUGAACCCAACCAACACUACACAAAGGGUUCCGUAGACCGUCGGAAGCUCCAGGAUGCAGUAGCAGCUCUGAAGCAGCGGACACCACUAGACGUCCCACUGGCAGUGGGCGGAAAGCACAUCACCAAUUCGUCCAUUCUCACGCAACACAACCCUUCCUCUCACGCCGACGUAGUCGCGAAGUACUCCAACGCCAGCACAGCAGAUGUCAACAAGGCAAUAGACGAGGCGCUCGCAGCUCAAGAAGCAUGGGCGAACCUACCUUUCGCCGACCGCGCCGCUGUUUUCCUCAAGGCAGCAGACCUGGUAUCGACCAAGUACCGAUACGAGAUCAUGGCCGCUACGAUGCUUGGCCAGGGCAAAAACGCAUGGCAAGCAGAGAUUGAUGCUGCGGCAGAGCUGUGCGAUUUCUUCAGAUUCAACGUCAAAUAUGCAGAGGAGACCUAUGGGGAACAGCCCGUGCACAACUCGCCAGGCGUGUGGAACCGUGUGGAGUACCGCCCGCUCGAAGGCUUCGUAUACGCAAUUUCGCCUUUCAAUUUCACCGCCAUCGGAGGAAAUCUUCCUGCAGCCCCAGCGCUGAUGGGUAAUGUCGUAGUGUGGAAGCCAUCACCGUCGGCUAUCGCGUCAAACUGGCUUGUCUACCAGAUCCUCAUCGAGGCCGGCUUGCCUCCGAACGUCAUCCAGUGGGUGCCUGGUGACGCAGUCGAAGUUACCCAAGCAGUGCUGUCACACCGCCAGUUCGCAGCUCUGCACUACACUGGCAGCACAGCCGUCUUCCGCUCGUUGUACGGCAAGAUCGCCAACGGCGUAGCUGAGGGGAAGUACCAAGGCUAUCCUCGCAUCGUUGGCGAGACUGGCGGCAAGAACUUCCAUCUUAUCCACCCCAGCGCGGAGGUCUCAAACGCGGCAAUCCAGACAGUGCGCGGCGCUUUCGAGUAUCAAGGCCAAAAGUGCAGCGCAUGCUCCCGUCUCUACGUCCCGAAAUCCAUCUGGCCCGAGUUCAAGGAGAAGCUUGUCGCCGAGACAGCCGCACUGAAGAUUGGCGAGCCCUCCGACUUCUCCAACUUCAUCGGCCCUGUUAUCCACGAAGCCAGCUUCAAGAAGCUCUCCGGCGUCAUUGAUGAGGCCAAAAACGACAGCGAGCUCGAGCUCCUCGUUGGCGGAAAGCACGACGCAAGCAAGGGCUACUACAUCCACCCGACCAUCUACCAGACCUCGAACCCCAACCAUCCCCUCCUCUCUCGCGAACUUUUCGGCCCUGUCCUCGUUGCAUACGUAUACGAUGAUUCCACUCCUGAUGCCUUUGCCAAGAUCUGCAAACAGAUCGACACGACUUCCGAGUACGCUCUCACCGGUGCAGUCUUCGCGCAGGGCAGGGAAACCAUUCGCUUCGCCGAGAAUGCUCUGCGCAACGCCGCAGGUAACUUCUAUGUGAACUGCAAGUGCACUGGUGCUGUGGUCGGCCAGCAGCCGUUCGGUGGCUCGCGUGCAAGCGGCACGAACGACAAGGCUGGCAGCGCGACACUCCUGUCCCGUUUCGUCAACAUGCGGUCGGUCAAGGAGGAGUUCCUUCCUACGACCAAGGUUGAGUACCCCAGCAACGAGGUGUAA